ACAUGGAUUUGCGAUUAUCAACAUGCAAGAUUCAGAUGACAACGUCAAGAUUGAUCAUCAUAACGAUGACAAUGUUGAUGAUGAGAACCGGAGACUCGAUGAGAUUGGAUCUGGAAUCAGGCAUGACCAAAUGUAUCUCAGACGACAUCAAAAUGAAUUAUCUGACUGUGGGUACUUAUUCCGUCGUCAAUCCCAACGAAGCUAUCCAUCUUCCUGCUUCCCACAAAAUUUUUGUCACUGUGGCGUCACCUAAAGGGCACACUCAACACCAAGCAGAAAAUGUGGAGUCUGGGAAAUUCGUUUUCACGGCGGUGGAAGACGGCGAUUACACAACGUGUUUUAUUGCUCCUGUUUUUAAACCUCCGGCCAAAUUCGCCGUUGAUUUCGAAUGGAAAAGUGGCGUGGAGGCUAAAGAUUGGGCCACCAUCGCCAAGAGAGGCCAGAUCAACAUGCUGGAGGUGGAGGUGAGGAAACUACUAGACGUGACGGAGUCUAUACACGACGAAAUGUUUCUACUCCGGGAGAGGGAGCGGGAAAUGCAGGAGCUAAACCGGUCGACGAACUCGAGAAUGGCGGGUCUAAGUUUAUUCUCGUUGGUGGUUACGUUGUUUGUAGCCGGUUUACAACUAUGGCAUCUCAAGUCAUUCUUGGAGAGGAAGAAGCUUCUCUAA